UUUCUCUAUCUAAAACGUCAUUUGUUUUUAAUAUUUCGUCUGGGUAAUUGAUUAGUUUUCUACGUUUACAAAAAUGUUGUUAAGCCGUUGUACGUCCAAGAAUUUAAUAUCACCGAAAAUUGGUAUUAAAUUUUUUUCAGCUAAGCCAAAAAGGGAUUUUAAAGAUGCCAGAACCCAACCAAAACACUCACAAGCAAAAUCGAGCUCAUCAUUUAUGAUGAAUGUCUUUCGUGGAAAAUUAGAAACCAAAGAAGUUUUCCCUUACCCUGAUGUGCUCCACGCUGAUCAGAAAGAACUAAUUACAAGUUUUGUUGGCCCGUUUGAAAAAUUUUUUCUCGAAAGUAAUAAUCCUACGAAAAAUGAUGAAAACUCAAAGAUAGAUGAUGAAGUGCUUGAUCAAUUGUGGCAGCUGGGAGCAUUUGGUAUUCAAGUCCCAGAGAAAUAUGGAGGACUGGGACUUUCUAAUACACAAUAUGGUCGUUUAUGUGAGAUUAUUGGACAGAAUGACUUAAGUGUAGGUAUUACCCUGGGAGCGCACCAAAGCAUUGGUUUCAAGGGUAUAUUAUUGUUCGGAAAUGAAAAACAAAAAGAAAAAUACUUACCAGGAUUGGCAUCAGAGAAAGUAUAUGCUGCCUUUGCUCUAACUGAGCCUAGUUCUGGGUCUGAUGCUGCUUCAAUUCGGACACGGGCUGUGAAAAGUGAUGAUGGGAAAUAUUAUAUUAUCAAUGGUUCGAAAAUUUGGAUAUCCAAUGGAGGCAUUGCUGAUAUUAUGACAGUAUUUGCACAAACCGAACAAAUAGAUCCAGAAACUGGUGAAAAGAAAGACAAGGUGACAGCUUUCAUCGUAGAGAGAUCAUUUGAAGGUGUAACCAAUGGACCUCCAGAAAAGAAAAUGGGUAUCAAAGCAUCGAACACGACAUCCGUGUAUUUUGAAAAUGUCAAAGUACCAAUUGAGAAUGUUUUAGGAGAAGAAGGUGAAGGGUUUAAAGUGGCUAUGAGUAUAUUGAAUAAUGGCAGAUUCGGAAUGGGAGCCACUUUAGCUGGUACAAUGAGAGUUUGUAUAGAAAAAGCCGUCGAACAUGCAACUAACCGAGUGCAGUUUGGAAAGAAAAUCAAAGAAUAUGGUGGAAUACAAGAAAAGAUAUCUCAAAUGAAUAUACUUCAAUAUGCAACUGAGUCCAUGGCUUAUACUAUAUCGCAAAAUAUGGAUCAAGGUAGUAAGGAAUACCAUUUAGAGGCAGCGAUAUCAAAGGUAUUUGCAUCUGAAUCCGCUUGGUAUGUUUGUGAUGAAGCAAUUCAAAUACUUGGUGGUAUGGGUUUUAUGAAAGAGGCUGAAUUAGAACGCGUACUCCGAGAUCUAAGAAUUUUCAGGAUCUUCGAAGGUACAAACGACAUCUUGAGACUAUUUGUAGUACUAACGGGUAUUCAAUAUGCUGGAUCACACCUAAAAGUUCUACAAAACGCAUUAAAAAAUCCCGCGGCUAACUUUGGUAUUGUCUCAAGUGAGAUUUCCAAAAGAGUCUCAAAGUCAAUUGGUUUGGGUGCCAUUGACUUUAAACCUUUCGUGGCACCAGAGCUAUUACCAUACUCACAAAAAACCGCAGCUUGUAUAGAAUCUUUUGGAAAAACUAUUGAAGAUCUCCUGGUAAAAUAUGGCAAAAAUAUAGUUAAUGAACAAUAUAUAUUGAACCGACUAUCGAAUGCUGCAAUCGACAUAUACGCAAUGGUGGUGACACUAUCCCGGUCAUCCCGUGCAUAUGAAUUAAAUUUACCCACUGCACAACACGAAUUGAAUCUAACCAAAGCGCUGUGUAUUCAGGCCUCAAACAGGGUUAUGGAUAAUAUACAAAGUACAAAAGCGAAAUCUCAGAUGGAACUACUUAAUAUAAUGGGUGAAAUAGCUGGAGAAGUAUACACUAAAGGAGGUGUGAACACAACUCACGUCAUCACUAAUUGUUAACAAAUAGUUAUUGUUUAAAAUAUGCCUUUUAUAAAAUUUACUUUACGGAAAUAUAAAGUCUGGAAAUUUUUUAGAACAUUUUUACAUAACUUCAUCGUGUGAUUUGUAUGUUUACUAAAAUUCAUCCUUACCAAAUCGGACUACUACAUCAUAUGACUUAUCCUGUAAUAAUACUCCUUUUUGGCCAUCUAGCUCCUCGUAUCCACAAAUAGUUUUUCUGUUGGUAUUUUAAAAUUUUAAGGCAAAUUGUUAAGAAAAAUAGUUCAAUGAACAACACAUGCUGUGAAAUGACAGUAUUAAAAAA